AUGGAACAACAACAACUCACAAAACCGACCCCCAUACCCCCAAAACCAAUCAUAUGCCCAACAAAUCAAGGAAGAAAUCACCAAACAUACCAACCACCACAUCAACGACCACCACCCAAUCAAUCACAAGCACCUCCAAUCACAUACCCCUCCACUUCCUCCAAUCAAGAUGAUGCACUCUGGACUAUCCUCCAAGGCCAAAAAGAGUUCCAAACCACACUUGCUUCCGGUCUUACCGGUCUUACAUCUACACUACAAGCUCUUCUUGCACGCAUGGAUCCACCAUCCAACUCUACUCCUCACCCCCCAAAUCCAAGUGCCAUUCCCUCUCAACCUCAACCCAAUCCCAAGGGAGGCAUUAAUGCUAUCACCUUGAGAUCCAGAACUCAAUUAAAAGAGAAGAAGGGAAAGGACCCAAGUCCAAUCAUAAUCACCCAAGAGGAAGAAGGAGUAGAGAUAGAAGAAGAUGAGGCACCACAAGUCACAGUUGAGGAUGAAGAAACUCAACCAACAAGUGAGGCCCCCAAGAAUAAGAGAACCGUGGAGGAAGAAAUUGCUCAACCAAUCCCAUUUCCGACAGUUGCAAAGAAAGCUAGGAAGCGCAUGGAACUUGACCCCAAAAUGAUAGAAAUGUUCAAGAAAGUUGAGGUAACCAUUCCCCUCUUUGAUGCUAUCCAUCAAGUAUCUAAAUAUGCAAAACCCCUUAAAGAUUUAUGCAUGAAUAAGGAUAGAAUUCUUGAAUUAGAGAAUAUUCCAUUGGGGAGUUCUAUUUUCGCUUUAAUGGGAGCAUUGCCCGAGAAGUGUGAUGAUCCGGGCCCAUGCAUGGUUACUUGCACCGUAAAUGGAGUUCAAUUUCUAGAUUGUAUGUGUGAUCUCGGUGCAUGUGUUAGCAUUAUGCCCCUCUCCGUCUACAAGGAAUUGAAGCUACCACCAUUAAAGAGGUCGAUGGCAAGAUUUGUUCUAGCGGACAAGAGCAUAAUAACCGUGACGGGUGUUGCGGAAGAUGUGUUGGUAAAUAUCGAAGAGUUGGUGUUUCUGAUUGAUUUUUACGUUCUUGAGAUGCCAUCAAGCGAGUCCGAGAGGGCACCAUCCAUUCUACUUGGGAGACCAUUUUUGAGGAUCUAUAGAUUCAAGCUAGAUGCAUACUCAGGAACAUAUUCAUUUGAAAUAGAUGGGAGAGUCGUGAGUUUUAGCCUAGAAGAAGCAAUAAAACAUCCACCGGAGAAUCAUUCUCUAUUCCGGUCUGACCCAAUUGACAACAUUGUUGCUGAAGAGCACCUUGCAAAGUUGGAUGAGAAGUACAUGAUUGAAGACACAAAUGAAGAUCCAUGUCAAGCAAACACAUUACACCAUCCGGACCAUCCGAAAAUUCAAACUCCAAGUCAAGACCAAAAGGUAGAAUUGAAGCCACUACCACCCCACCUAAAGUACUCAUAUCUUGAUGAAGCCCACAAGCUCCCCGUGAUCAUUGCAAAGGAGCUAAAUCCUCAACAAAAAGAAAAGUUGCUAUGCAUCUUGAGGAAGAACAAAAUGGCCAUAGGGUGGAGUUUGGCGGAUCUAGUGGGAAUAAGCCCCCAAGUAUGCGAGCACCGAAUUUUCCUUGAAGCGGGAGCUAGACCCGUUCGACAACCCCAAAGACGACUUAACCCAACUAUAUUAGAGGUUGUGAAAAAGGAAGUCACUCGGCUACUAGAAGCGGACAUUAUAUAUCCCAUUUCAGAUAGUGAAUGGGUGAGCUCGGUCCAAGUGGUCCCAAAGAAAUCCGGAGUGACUACAAUCAAGAACGAAAGCGGAGAACCUAUAGCAACUAGGGUGCAAAACUCUUAG